AUGGCUCUGCUGAGUGCAAUUACAAAGAGUUUGGGUAGAGCGUAUGCUCUGGCUUUUGCUGAAAGAGGAGCUUCAGUAGUUGUGAAUGAUCUUGGAGGUGAUUUCAAGGGAUAUGGCAAGAGCUCCUCAGCUGCUGACAAAGUUGUCAACGAAAUCAGAGCAAAAGGAGGGAAAGCAGUACCCAAUUAUGAUUCAGUGGAAGAUGGUGAAAAGCUUGUGAAGACAGCACUUGAAGCUUUUGGGAGGAUAGAUAUCGUUAUAAACAAUGCUGGGAUCCUGAGAGACCGUUCAUUUGUUCGGAUCAGUGAUGAAGAUUGGGAUAUAAUUCAUAGAAUUCAUUUGAGGGGAUCAUUCCUGGUCACCCGAGCUGCGUGGAAUCAUAUGAAAAAUCAAAAGUUUGGCAGAAUAAUUAUGACCUCCUCAGCUGCUGGAAUAUAUGGAAACUUUGGUCAGGCAAACUACAGUGCCGCAAAACUGGGCCUUUUGGGUCUUUCAAACACAAUUGCAAUUGAAGGCCGGAAGUAUAACAUCCACUGCAACACAAUUGCUCCUACUGCUGGAUCCAGAAUGACCCAGACUGUCAUGCCUCAAGAUCUGGUCGAUGCUUUCAAACCAGAGUAUGUUGCUCCCUUAGUUGUUUGGCUUUGCCACGAGACCUGUGCGGAGAAUGGCAGUCUGUUUGAGGUGGGAGCUGGAUGGAUUGGGAAACUGCGCUGGGAGCGAUCCUUGGGUGCUAUCAUCAGAGGAAAGAAUCAGCCAAUGACGCCUGAAGCAGUGAGAGAUAAAUGGGAGAAGGUCUGUGACUUUGAUAACGCCAGCAAACCCAGAAGUAUCCAAGAGUCUGUAAGCGUAUUGAAUGAUGCUCUAAGUCAGAUAGAGUCUCAAGGGAAUGUUUCUAUGAAUUCGACAAGCUCUGGAUCAGUGGUCUCUUCAUCUGUUGACACAGCAAGCAUUGUUGGCCGGGAAUUGGCUACCAACGUGUAUAAAUAUACUCACUUAGAGCCUAUUCUAUAUGCCCUUGGUGUGGGAAUGUCAACUAAGGAUCCAGAUCACCUAAAAUUUCUCUUUGAAGGAAGUGAAGAGUUCUGCUGUUUACCUAGCUUUGGAGUAAUUCCUGCUCAGACUUCGAUGUUUGAUGGUGUUCCUUCUCUCCCAGGACUAAAUAUUGAUCUUGCAAAGAUGCUGCAUGGUGAGCAAUAUCUGGAACUGUAUAAACCAUUACCAACCUCAGGGCAGUUAACUUCAGUUUCAACUGUUGCUGAUAUUCUCGACAAAGGAUCAGGAGCAGUCUUGCUUAUAGAUGUGAAUACCUACUGUGGAAAGGACUUAGUGUGUUAUAAUCAGUUCUCUUUGUUUUUUGUUGGAGCUGGAGGAUUUGGUGGAAAACGAACAUCAGAAAAGGCGAAGGUAACAGUGAAUCCACCCAAGAGACCCCCUGAUGCUGUAAUUUCUGAUGUCACAACAGCUGAUCAGGCUGCCUUAUAUCGGUUGAGUGGGGAUUGGAAUCCUUUACAUGUUGAUCCAAGUUUUGCUGCUCUUGGAGGAUUUGAGAAGCCUAUACUUCAUGGACUAUGCUCCUUUGGGUUUGCCGCUCGAAACGUUUUGAAGCAGUUUGCAGAUAAUAAUGUGAACAGAUUCAAGGCGAUCAAGGUUCGCUUUGCAAAACCAGUCUUUCCGGGGCAAACUUUACAGACAGAAAUGUGGAAGGAAGGAAAUAGAAUCCAUUUUCAGACCAAGGUCAAAGAGACUGGAGAAAUUGCUAUUGCAGGGGGCUAUGUGGAUAUAGUACCAGCCUUGGAUAAACCUUCUGCUCAGGAGCCUCUGAAGACUGCAGGGCUGCAGAGUGACCUUGUGUUUGAAGAAAUUGGUCGUCGUGUAAAAGAGAUUGGAAAUGAAUUGGUAAAGAAAGUAAAUGCUGUAUUCCAAUGGGACAUCACUAAAGAUGGAAAAACAGCAGUACAGUGGA